AUGGCCUCGGCAUACUUCGAGAUUCUGUCCCAGGGCUCUCUGACGACACCUCUAACCAUCCUACUGACCACAUGGCUCCUGUAUCUGGUGUCGCUUGUUGUGAACCGGCUGUACCUCUCGCCCAUCGCAAAGUUUCCCGGACCGAAAGCGGCCGCCUUAUCACGAUGGUACGAGCUCUACUACGAGGUCGUCCUGAAAGGCCAGUACUCACGGAGGAUAGAUGAGAUGCACCAGCAGUAUGGCCCCAUUGUGCGAGUCGCGCCAGACGAGAUCCAUAUCAAGGAUAGUGACUUUUUCGAUGAGCUAUAUGUCAAAGUCCCACGGGUUGACAAGCAUGAAUGGGCUGCUGGGAGGUUCGGAAACCAUGGCUCGAUCAUUACCACUGCAGAUUUUGCUCUCCAUCGUCGUCGUCGUGCGGCACUCAACCCCUUCUUCUCUAAACGGUCAAUCGUGGACUUCCAACCGGUCAUUCGCCAGAAGGCUGAGUUGUUAAGCAAGAAGCUUGGUGAGUACAAGGCCAAGGGCGCUCCCGUAGUCCUGAGCGAGGCAUUUCCAGCGUUUGCCGGCGAUAUAAUCACGGAAUACUCCUUUGGAAUCUGCUAUAAUCACUUGGAUUCUCCAGAUUUUUCAGAAUCCUUCCAUGCUGCGUUCAUGGCAGUCGGCGAAUUUGGCCAUGUCGCGGUUCAGUUCCCCUGGUUCCAUCCACUCUUGAAUUCUCUUCCGGAUGGCCUGGUUCGGAAAAUGCAGCCGGCUCUGGGGAGUCUACUGCAGCUUCAGGCUGAUUUGCGGAAUAUGAUCAAACUACUGACUCAAGGGGAUGACUUGGGUGAGGGGAAAUCGUCCCAUCGGACCAUUUUCCACGACCUGCUUCAGAGUUCUCUCCCGCCCGAGGAUAAGGGAAACCGCCGCAUGGCGGAUGAAGCUCAAACAGUCAUCGGAGGAGGCCUCGAGACAACAGCCUGGGCAUUGAGCGUGGCGUCAUUCCACAUUGUGAACAAUCCCAAGAUCUACAAGCGACUACACGACGAGAUUCUUCAAGUGAUGCCCGAUGCGUCCACCAUCCCCGACCUGCUAGAAGUCGAAAAACUGCCUUACCUUCGAGCCUGCAUCACCGAAGCUGUCCGCCUAUCUUAUGGCAUUUCCGCUCGCAACCCUCGUGUGCUCAAUCAGCCGCUUCAGUACAAGCAGUGGACCAUACCUGCGCGUACGGUUGUGGGCAUGUCGAUUGUGGACGUCCAUCACGACGAGAACAUCUUCCCCGACUCGCAUUCGUACAUUCCAGAACGAUGGCUGGGGAACCCCAAAGCGCCAAAUGGGUCCCCUCUUGAUCGCUAUUUUGUCGGGUUUGGAAAAGGCAGCAGGAGCUGCCUUGGAAUAAAUUUGGCGUACGCGGAACUGUUUCUGCUCAUGGCGACGCUCUUUCGACGAUUCCGGUUCGAACUGUUCGAGACCGACAGGUCGGAUGUGGAGUUGAAGCAUGAUUUCUUCUUGCCGAGCCCGAAACUGGAUUCCAAGGGCGUGAGGGUGAAGGUUGUCGAAGUUUACAAGUGA